ACAAAUUUGAUGACUUGCUUCAUUCCUUGCAUGCAGCUGGGCAUGGGCAGCGCCGUGGAGACGCUGUGCGGGCAGGCGUACGGGGCGCACCGGUACGAGAUGCUGGGCGUGUACAUGCAGCGCUCCUUCGUUCUGCUCGCCGCCACCGGCGUCCCUCUCGCUGCCCUUUACGCCUUCUCCAACUGGAUCCUCCUCCUCCUCGGCCAGUCCCCGGAGAUCGCCGGCGCCGCCUGGGUCUUCGUCCUCGGCCUCAUCCCGCAGAUCUUCGCGUACGCCGCCAACUUCCCCAUCCAGAAGUUCCUGCAGGCGCAGAGCAUCGUGGCGCCCAGCGCCUACAUCUCCGCCGCCACGCUCGCCGCCCACCUCGCCCUCAGCUACCUCGUCGUCUACCGGCUCGGGCUCGGCCUCCUCGGCGCCUCCCUCACGCUCAGCGCCAGCUGGUGGGUCAUCGUCGUCGCGCAGUUCGUCUACAUAGUCACUAGUCGGCGCUGCCGGCUGACGUGGACCGGCUUCUCCUGGCAGGCAUUCUCCGGCCUGCCGGAGUUCCUCAGGCUCUCGGUCGCGUCGGCGGUCAUGCUCUGCCUCGAGACGUGGUACUCGCAGAUCACCGUGCUCAUAGCCGGGUUGCUCAAGGAUCCGGAGAUCGCGCUCGAUUCGCUCGCGGUGUGCAUGUCUAUAUCAGGAUGGGCGUUUAUGGGGUCAGUAGGCUUCAACGCUGCUGCCAGUGUGAGGGUGAGCAACGAGCUCGGAGCCGGGCACGCCAAGGCGGCGUCCUUCUCCGUCAAGGUCGUGACCACGGUGUCGGUGGUGGUGGCGUCGGCCAUAGCCGCCGCCGUGCUGUGCCUCCGCGACUACAUCAGCUACAUCUUCACCAGGGGAGACGACGUCGCGCGCGCCGUGUCCACCAUGACCCCGCUGCUCGCCGUGACCAUCGUUCUCAACGGCAUCCAGCCCGUCCUGUCAGGUGUGGCGGUUGGCUGCGGUUGGCAAGCGUUCGUGGCGUAUGUGAACAUCGCCUGCUACUACGGCAUCGGGAUCCCCCUUGGAUGCGUCCUGGGGUUCCACUUUGAUCUGGGUGCCAUGGGAAUAUGGGGUGGAAUGAUAGGUGGGUUAGUUGUCCAGACGCUUGCUCUUAUAUGGGUCACAUUUCGUACCGAUUGGAAUAAAGAGGUAGAACAAGCGUGCAUGAGGCUAAACAAAUGGGAAGACAAAAAGAAGCCCCUUUUAGCCGAAGAUUGAAAAGUAGUAUGGACGGUGAUAUACUCCCUCUGUUGUCGUUUUAGUUUUGUCCUCCGAAGUUAAACAUGGCAUUGGAGAUUAUAGGUGUGAUAUACUCCCUCUGAUCUAAAUUAUAAGGAAUAUUAUGCAUGCAUGUCAUACAUUGCAUUGUUCUAAAUUAUAAGGAAUAUUAUGCAUGCAUGUCAUACAUUGCAUUGGAGAUUGCAAAAGUAGUUAGGUCAUUUUCAUGGGGGCUGCAAUGGUGAAACUGAAAUUGGAACAAGAAAAGACUAAUAAUGGCUUGUUUGAACAAAAGUUUUAGCUCCGAAUUCUGUAUAGCUCAAAGAACAUUAUUCAUAUCCAUUGUCAUAACCUGUGGCCUAUUACAGAUUUGGCCCAAGGGGCCCAUAUACAAGCCCAGACAUUCGAAGUAUAGCACAUAUUGACGUUUCUAAAAAUAACUUCAAAUGAAAGCACAAGAGCACUCUAUAAUAUUUUCUGGGCUGGCAUGACAAUGAUCUACAAUGAAAGAUCUUGACGGUAAAGAAUGAAAAGGAAAGGGUACAAUAGGAAAGAAAACCAUGCGUAUGCAAUUAAGUUUUUUUAAUAUACUUUUCUAUAAACUUCAUCAGAAUUAGAUAAGUUUUACUUAAGAUAAAACUAAAAC